AUGGAGGCCAUAGGCGUUGGCGCCAAUGUCCUGGCCUUCGUCGUACUGGGCAUCAAGUCGGCAAAGCUGGCCCAUGACACACUUUCCGCGAUCAGUGACGGCCCAGCCCGUGUGCGGAACCUGGCAGCCGAUUUCCUCCAGCUACAUUGGAUCCUUGAGCAGUUACUUCAGUGUCGCGCUGCGGAAACUGACACGGCCCUGCAUGGCCAGGCUCGCCAGUGCUGUGAGACUCUUGGCAAGUUAGCAAAGACUAUCGAGCGACUCCAGGUCUCUCCCGGGGAGAGAGCCACUGGAAGGUUCUGGAAGCGUUUGAAAGCUGCCAUUAGCGAAAGCGACCUGGAGAAGCUCGGUCCAUGGGUAGCUCAGCAAACCAGUAUGCUCAGCUUGAGGUUGAAUGUGCUGUCAAGGGACGCAAUGGAGACCCAAUUCGUGACGCAGACGGCAACCAUCCAAGGCGCUGCUCAGAGCAUCAUGAGUAGCCACAACGAUGGAAGAAGUGCCCUUGAGGCAGGCCUGUCAUCUAUUCAACAAACCAUCGAAGCCACUCAUUCUAUCUCGUCCGGAAAUACCCAAUCUAUGUUCCAGAUACUCAAAGAGAUCAAGGAUUGCAUCAUUCCUGAGUCCAAGCAUAAUCCGGGGAUGAACAAUUCGAGUGGUGACGAUGAGAAUGCUAUGGAUGAAGACGCUCCAGGAUUGGAUCAGAAGCUGCUGGACAGCAUCGAUAGCCUUUGCGGCUUAAUUGACGAGAGAAGGGAUGCCGUCGACGCCUACGAGGAAGACGACGACCAGGCCCAGUCUGCGAUCGAGAACUUGGAGGGGCUUAUACAGAACCUCCGGGGGCAAAAACUCACCGUUUCAGAUCCAAAGUCAUUUGGUAGUGACUUGGCUCGAUUUGGUAAAUGGUUUGGGUCAGGGGCUUUGUCUAUCAACUCGGGAGGGUCGCUGGUCUUCGAUGUGGAGAUGCUGCAGGACGGUGAAGCCUCUCUCCAAGAUCAUGACGAAUAUGGCGCUUCACUGCUCUUCUAUUCGUUAGAGCAUCCAGAGGUGUGCAGGUUUUUAAUCGACAGUGGACUCGAUGUUGAUCAUAUCGGGGGUAUCCCCGGACUUCCACAAUUCCAGGUACACACCGCCGGAAUGAUUUUGAGACGGAGCCUGAAGAGUUGCGGCCGGUCAUGGAGUCUCGCCGGCUUCUGCUACAUGCAGGCGCUGACCCAUCCUUGA